GAUUGCAUGUAGCCCUCUCAUGCCCUCCCAAUCACCGACGACGAGCUCAAUUGCCAACGCUCCAAACCUUCCUUUGAAGCAAGGUUUCGCAGCCACAAUAUCGAAGCCAAUAUAAAGAGUCAUCUGCGCGAUCCUUAGCAAUAUCUUAGAUCCUGAUUGGGUGGUCAUAAGGGACUCGGCUGUACUCGUCCUUUGCAGCUCUCUGCUACCGACUCUUCUUACCUGCGGCUGAGGCUGAGGUCGACCACCCGAGUCAUGCAUUCCCUAUCUAUAUGUUCAGCUCGUACUUACAGAUUUGAAAGUCAUACUAACUCUGCAUUGUAGCCCUUGCAGAUGGCCAAUACCUCCCGGAUCGACAUCGAUGUUGACAAGCAGGGCGAUUUCGAGGUGUGCUUCGCCAAGCUCAGAGAUGUCAAGACCAAAAAUUUCAUGGUUUGCUUCAACGCAGCUAAAGCUGUAUGUCGCGUCGAUGCAGACGAGAUUCACCUUGAACACCUCUUGAGCAGCCCGAACAAGGAUUACAGCACGCGCUGGAUCAACUUCUGGGGCUGGGACCACGGCAGAACGAGCUUUCUCGACGUUAUCGCGAAGAGGUACGACCUUUCGCCUCGCCUGCUGGAUCUUCUAUGGCCUAAGAUCCCGCCUCCAAAGGCUUCCAAGACACCUGCGAGCAAUUCGUCUGGAUCGCCUACGUCGUUUGACGACAUUGAGUUAGGUCUUUCACCGGUCAACAGUGCAUCGCGGUCCGGUACUGGAGAUCGACAAAUUCCCCUUUUUGCACAUGUGGUAGAUCGGCUAUGGCAUUUCUGCUCAGUUGAUCGAGGAGAACAUUACCUUUACGUCGGCUUUGACGCGCUCGUGGCGGCUACUGGACAAAAGCCUAGUGUUGGCACCGAUAGACCGACUGGGCAUCGAAUCUGGACGUCGCUACUCCUGUGUGAUGAUGGCACUGUUUUCAGCAUUUUCGAAGACCCACCUGUUGGGUCAAAUGACGAGCUCAUCCACAAUAUACGAUGGUACGUCUUGGAUAUCUUUCAACAACAAUCUCAUCGACAUUCGCCGCCUCCCUCGUCUUCUCUUGGCCGGGUGACUGUACGACCUACCGAUGCUACACAACCUGCGACACACGAAGCUAUGACUGAGAUGACCAGCCUACUUUUCUAUUAUCUUUUUGAUGACUGGCUCACCUCAUACUCUCUGAUUGCUCAGAGGGAUCAUCUCUAUCGCGCUGAGCUCGAGGAAAUCAGAACAAGAAUGUUCAGGGCGGCGGAUGUCUCACUGAUCGAGUCGCUCCACCAACUAGGUCGCCAGCUUACUGUACUCAAGCUGAUGUAUAAGAGCUACGAGUCCAUCAUACGAAGAAUACUCCAGAGACGUCGAAGCUAUCAGCUACUCAUACAGGAGCCUGUCAACGGUUUUCACAACAGUAACGCUUGGUACAACACAGCUGUGCCAGGCGCUUUCGACUCACCAUCAGUAGACCCCUUAGCUUACGAGCAGUCUCCGAUCAGCCCCGGUGGGAUUUCAAAAGCCCAUCGGGUUACUCUCGCCUCGCCUGCAGUGUUCCGCUUCGAACGUCUGCUUGACCGAAUACAACUGCUCGCUCAGACUGAAAUCGACGAGUGCAUCCGGGAGAAAGAAUCGUUGGCCUUCAUGAACUUCAACCUCGUAGCGCUCAAGGAAUCCCAAGCCGUCGAAAAGCUGACUCGGACGACCAUCUUCCUCGCCAAAGCGACAGUUUUGUUCCUUCCAGUCAGUCUCUUGACGAGCUACUUCUCCAUCCAAGUCAUCAAUAAUACAGGCUACAAUUUGAAGACAUAUUGGUUGAGCUUCCUAGUAGUCGGAUUACUGACAAUACUCCUUCUUUCGGUCACCGGCUUCGCGAACAGCAAGGCGUUAGGAGGAACAGUCUACAGAAGCUUGACCAAGAUUUUCCUCCUCAGAAUCACCGAGAACAGGAAAGGAGUCAAAAAGAGCUCGCGAUAGAUGGUCUUGAUGCCAAACCAUCGUUUUGACGUGUUGCCUGCUGACUCGCCAAAACUCUCUCAACCAAGCCGUCUUCCCGCUGUUACUUGCUCAACCACUCCAAUACUUAUAUACUACUUAUUUCAUGCCCAUUGUAAGCAAAAAAAUAGCCGUGGUGGUGUAGUGGUUUAUCAC